AUGCAUCUAUUAUCAGCGAUCAAUGUUGUGAAAUUUGGAGAGGCUGCUGCUCUUUUCUAUUGGCGUCUUGUGAAGUGCAGGGACGCCAACAAAUGGGACGCAUUGGUUGCAGCAGGCCGCCGUGACUUCAAGGAAAUUAUGAACUAUCUCCUCGGCGUCGAGAAGCCGAUCUCGGGUCCAGCACCGGUAGAUGCUGCUGAGCAGCAACGUCCCGCUCCCACUACAGCAGCUGAAGCAGGUCAACAAGCUGCAGAGAACCGUCGCCAGGGUCGUGAAGCAGCGCGUGCCGCCAGGGGUUUAGGGACCACAUCACAUGCGCAUGGGCGUGGGGCGGGUGACGCGAGCGGGCCGGGAGCCACAGCUCCCGAACCAGGGUCUGCACCUACUGCAAGCACUUCUGCCCCAACGGGUCCGCCGGCUGAGCCCCCUGCCUCAACCGAGCCGCCCAGUCGUCCCUCAGCCUCGACUCGUGCAGCUUUGCGUCCAUUCGACUAUGCUCGCAUCCUGCGACGCGUUAGGACAGGUUACAUCCCCAGCAACAUCUGGACGGAUGCGCCACGUGCAACAGGAUCAAGCGGAAACUCGGGCCAGGGUGGAGAGGAGCAGGCUGGGGGAAAUACCUGCCAGGCAUUGGUCGUUGUCACUCUGGAUCACCCGUGGCCAGAUGUCGGUAGUGGCAACCCCCAUGUGAGGGUUGAAGCCGACGUUGAGGAGGACGAUGAGGAGGAGGCGGAUGCAGAGGAGGCAGAGGCAGAUGAUGCGGAUGACCCAGCCGCAGCAGAGAGGAACCAGGCGGGGGCAGACGAGGAUGCCAAUGAUAACACGGCCGAGGCCGGUGUCGCGGAAGGGGACCAUACUACAUGCGUGAGGACAGGGGUCAGGCGGAACAAGCGUGGUACCAGGAAGAAGCUGGGAAUCAACCUCGUCCACUGGACUCGCAUUAAGGCCCCAACCCGUCGCUUUGGGAUCUUUACGAGCAACGCAGCAGAGCAGGUCAACAGCUCAAUCGUGCCCAAUUGUCGCUUGCCGAUCACCCCUCUGCUCGGGGGUCUCUGGGACUGGUAUCGGAAUUGGUAUUGUGAACGCAAAAUGGCUGCGCGGGAGAGAACUGCUCUAAUCACGGAAGCUGAAGAGGAGCGGAUGGUGUUGAAGGAGACCCGGGCAGAGGGGUACGAGCUAUUGGGCGGGGAUCUUGAGGAAGGAACCAUCCAGACCAGGGACACCGACAAUCCCAAGGAAUGGAGGUCCUUCAACGUCAACAUCAACAGCAAAGUGAGGACAUGCGACUGCUCAAACUGGGAUCAGUACCAGUUUCCUUGCUCCCAUGCCGUGGCAUUUGCUCUGAAGCGAAAGCUAGACCCUCGCACCCUCGUCUCUGACUUCUACACCACGAAGACCUGGGCGGAGACGUAUUCUUCAACGGUGCGGGGUUCCUGUGUGGACCGCAUCGUCCUUGGGAGGAAGCUGGCCGCACCAAGCCAGUGCGAUGCUCCACCCUUUCGGCGCAUGGCUGCCGGCCGCCCGCCAAGCUACGAACGCGUCGAGAAGGCUGUGCAUCCGUAA